GUUGCUGCUUCUCCGGGCGCCGGCUAGAGGCAGACGCUGAGCGGGAGCCCGGACCUCGCAACGCCCCUCCCGCCCCGCGCGCCCAGCUCGCUCACGCGCGGCCCCUUCCUGGGUCCGAAGGGACCCGCGGAGCGCGGAGGCGGGAACCGCAGCCUCGGAACCACCGACCCCACGCCUUCCCGCCUGCGCGCGGCCACAGACGCCCGCGAACUCGCGCGGCGACUGGCGGACGAGCCCGAGCCGCGGAGCCGCGCGUUUCCCGCAGCCUGCGAUCCCGCUCCGGCGCCCGCAUCUCCUGCUGCGGGGCCAGCACCGGCGAUGAGGAGCGGAGCCGCCUGUCUUCCGAGCCGCUGAAGCAUUCGUCGCCGAUCGCCUGGAGGUGCGGGAACCCGUGCGACCCGGGGUCGGGGACUCGGGGCAGGGGAGGGACCAAGGGGCUCCCCUACGGCCCCAGCCGCCGCGCAGCAGACUCCAAAAGGUGAUCAUUUUGCUCUCCCGCCUAUUUUCCUCCCCCCACCCCACUUAACUUUUUGUCUUAGCUGGUCGGCCGCCAGGUCUCCUCUCCGCAUACCCACUCGUGCCAUCCGCCCGGGGCAUGGGCCCCCCGACAAGGCUCCAGGAGGCACCCCGGCCUCGCAAGACGUGAGAGGCCCGUAGAUUUCGAGGUUCCGGAGAGCAGCGGAGAGCUCCCAGCCAGCGCCCGCGCGCCCGGCGGGGUGGCGGUGAGCGCUGCGCCUCGCCCCGGUGAGAACGUCCUGGAGCGCCGGAGCCGGCCUGAAGCGAGUAGCUGGCCCGAGGCGCGCCGCGGAGCAGGCUGUCAUGCCCUAUUGAUCCCCCCGCCCCCAGCCAAGUAUGUUUGGGCUGGACCAGUUCGAGCCCCAGAUUAACAGCCGGCACGCUGGCCAGGGCGAGGGGAACUUUAACGAAGCCGGACUGAGUAUGAACGCCCACUUUAAGGCUCCUUCUUUCCACACCGGGCCCCCUCCUGGCCCUGUGGACCCUGCCAUAAGCGCUUUGGGUGAACCCCCUAUCUUGGGGUUGAACAUGGAGCCCUACGGCUUUCACGCGCGCGGCCACUCAGAGCUGCACGCGCAGCCUGUGCACGGCUUCUUCGGUGGUCAGCAGCCUCACCACAGCCACCCCGGAGGCCACCACCCCCACCAGCAUCACCCCCACUUCGGGGGCAACUUCGGUGGUCCGGACCCAGGUGCCUCAUGUCUGCACGGGGGCCGGCUUCUUGGCUACGGAGGUGCAACGAGCGGCCUGGGCAGCCAGCCGCCCUUCGCAGAGAAUUAUGAGCACAUGGCGGAGAGCCAGGGGCCGGAGGGCUUCGGCCCGCAGCGGCCAGGAAACCUCCCGGAUUUCCACAGUUCGGGCACUUCGGGCCACGCCGUGCCUGCUCCGUGCCUGCCGCUGGACCAGAGCCCUAACCGGGCUGCUUCUUUCCACGGCCUGCCGGCCUCCAGUGGCUCGGAUUCUCACAGUCUGGAGCCCCGGAGGGUGACGAACCAAGGAGCUGUAGAUUCGCUGGAAUACAAUUACCCGGGCGAGCCGCCCUCAGGACAUUUUGACAUGUUUUCGCCCUCCGACUCCGAAGGACAGCUGCCACAUUACGCGGCGGGUCGCCAGGUUCCCGGGGGCGCUUUCCCGGGUGCUUCGGCCAUGCCCAGAGCCUCAGGCAUGGUAGGUUUGUCCAAAAUGCACGGCCAGCCACCGCAGCCACCACCACAACAGCAGCAACCUCAGCACGGAGUGUUCUUCGAGAGGUUUGGCGGGGCCCGAAAGAUGCCUGUGAGUCUGGAGCCUGCGGUGGGCUCCCGGCACCCAUUAAUGCAGCCUCCCCAGCAGGCCCCACCAUCUUCGCAGCAGCAGCCCCCUCAGCAGCAGCCGCCACCACCCGGGCUUCUGGUCCGACAGAAUUCUUGUCCUCCUGCUCUCCCGCGGCCCCAGCAGGGCGAAGCUGGCACACCCAGCGGCGGCCUGCAGGACGGGGGCCCCAUGCUGCCCAGCCAGCACGCUCAGUUUGAGUACCCCAUCCACCGGCUAGAGAACCGGAGCAUGCACCCAUAUUCUGAGCCUGUUUUCAGCAUGCAGCAUCCCCCUCCUCAGCAGGCGCCCAACCAGAGGCUGCAGCAUUUCGAUGCGCCCCCCUACAUGAACGUGGCCAAGAGGCCUCGCUUUGACUUCCCGGGCAGCGCAGGCGUGGACCGUUGCACCUCGUGGAAUGGUAGCAUGCAUAACGGCGCCCUGGACAACCAACUUUCUCCCUCUGCCUACCCAGGCCUCCCAGGCGAGUUCACACCGCCUGUGCCGGACAGCUUCCCCUCGGGACCGCCCUUGCAACACCCGGGUCCGGAACACCAGUCUCUGCAGCAGCAGCAGCAACAGCAGCAGCAGCAACAACAGCAGCAGCAGCAACAGCAGCAGCAGCAGCAACAACAACAACGCCAGAAUGCGGCCCUCAUAAUUAAACAGAUGGCUUCUCGGAACCAGCAGCAACGGUUGCGACAGCCCAACCUGGCCCAGCUAGGUCAUCCUGGGGACGUAGGCCCAGGCAGCCUGGUCCAUGGAGGUUCGAUGAGCGGCUUGGCUCAGACGAACUUUGAACGAGAAGGCAGCAGCACGGGUGCGGGGCGUCUGGGCGGCUUCGAGCAGCAGGCGUCCCACCUGGCACAAGAGAGUGCCUGGUUUCCCGGUCCACACCCGCCGGGAGACCUGCUGCCCCGGAGGAUGGGCGGUGCGGGGUUGCCGGCAGACUGCGGCCCGCACGACCCUGGCCUAGCGCCUCCCCCUGCCCCGGGUGGCUCAGGGGUGCUAUUUCGAGGCUCUCUGCAGGAGCCUCUGAGGAUGCCGGGGGAAGGCCACGUGCCUGCUCUGGCUUCGCCGGGGCUGCAGUUUGGGGGCAGCUUGGCUAGUUUAGGCCAGUUGCAGUCGCCUGGGGCUGGUGUGGGACUGCCCAAUGCUCCGUCUGAGCGGCGGCCCCCGCCUCCCGAUUUUCCUGCGCCAGCUCUCGGGGGCCAGCCCGGCUUUCCAUUUGGCUCAGGGAGCCGGCAGGCCACCCCGCACAGCGCUCCAGGCGUGAACUCGCCCCCGAGUGCGGGCGCCGGUAGCGGUAGCUCGGGCUCUGGCGGGGGACCUUACCCGCCGCAGCCGGAUUUCCAGCCCAGCCAGCGCAACUCGGCCAGUAAACUGGGCGCGCUGUCGUUGGGGUCCUUCAACAAACCCAGCUCCAAGGACAACCUGUUCGGCCAGAGCUGCCUGGCUGCGCUCUCCACCGCGUGCCAGAACAUGAUCGCCAGCCUGGGUGCUCCCAAUCUCAACGUGACUUUCAACAAGAAGAACCCACCCGAAGGGAAAAGGAAACUGAGCCAGAACGAGCCCGACAGCGCGGCCACGGCCGGCAACCCGGGCUCGGAUUACUUCCCUGGAGGGACUACUGGGGCCCCUGGACCCGGAGGCCCUUCCGGGGCCGGUAGUGGCGGUUCCAAAUCCUCAGGACCGCCCAACCCACCCAUCCAGGGUGAUGGCACCAAUCUCUCCCCCAACUAUACCCUGGAAUCAACAUCGGGGAACGAUGGCAAGCCUGGACCCGGGGGCGGUGGCCGGGGAAGGGGACGCAGAAAAAGGGACAGUGGUCACGUGAGCCCGGGGACCUUCUUUGACAAGUACUCUGCAGCUCCUGACAGUGGAGGAGCACCAGGGGUGAGCCCCGGGCAACAGCAGGCUCCUAGCUCAGCUGCUGCGGGAAGCUCUGUGAACGAGGCCCGCGGGCCCACGCCCCACGAGAAGGCCCUCACGUCACCGUCGUGGGGAAAGGGAGCCGAGUUGCUCCUUGCGGACCAGCCGGACCUCAUGGUGUCCCUGGACAGCACAGCCAAAUCGGAUGGUAAUUCCCCGCACGUGGGUGAGUUCGCCUCUGAUGAGGUGAGCACAAGUUAUGUGAACGAGGACGAAGUAUCCUCCAGUUCUGACAAUACCACAGUCCUGGCCAAAGCCAGCCGAAGCCCCCUGGUGACCAGCUCACCCAAACUUCCUCCUCGAGGGGUGGGUACUGGGGAACAUGCACCGAAGGCUCCCGCGAUGGGCCUGAGUAUCCUGUCUACCUCUACCUCGACCCCUGACAGCUAUGGUGGGGGCGUGGGCACCGGCCAUCCUGGCACUCCAGGUCUGGAGCAGGUCAGGACCCCAACUAGCAGCAGCAGCAGCAGCGGUGCACCGCCGCCCGACGAGAUCCAUCCCCUGGAGAUUCUCCAGGCCCAGAUCCAGCUGCAGAGACAGCAGUUCAGCAUCUCGGAGGACCAGCCCCUGGGGCUCAAGGGUGGCAAAAAAGCUGAGUGUGCUGUAGGGGCCUCAGGAGCACAGAACGGUGACAGCGAACUGGGCAGCUGCUGCUCCGAGGCCGUCAAGAGUGCCAUGAGCACCAUCGACCUGGACUCUCUGAUGGCAGAGCACAGCACCACCUGGUACAUGCCGCCUGACAAGGCCCUGGUGGAUGGUGGAGAUGAAGACAAGACGCUGGCACCCUGGGAGAAAGCCAAGCCCCAGAACCCCAACAACAAAGAAGCCCAUGAUCUCCCCACCAACAAGGCCUCAGCCACCCAGCCUGGCAGCCACCUGCAGUGCCUGACUGUCCACUGCACAGAUGGUGACCCCAAGGCCCGCACCUCCGUACCCACGUGGCGGUCUCUGCACUCCGACAUCUCCAACCGAUUUGGGACAUUUGUGGCCGCCCUGACUUGAGCCCCUGGGAGCCCCUGCCCUACCCACUCAUGAGGGCCUCUGUGGCUGAGCAGACUCAUGUUUUUGUCUAGGUUGGUACCUGCUUAGUGGCACUCGGAAUGGAAAGGGUUCACUGAAAGGGGCUGGGGAAGGUGAUAAAGAGAACCUCAAAAGUUUAUUUUAAAGAAACUGGUGUGCCACGUUGUGACACCAGUACCAGUCCUCGGCCAACAGCAAACACUGGCUCAAGCCGUUUUCCUGCUAGAGAACCCCGUUUUCUGUACUUGGAGUGUGUUCUAGAAGGCCCUUGCCUUGUUUAAGCCCAGGCGGGGUGCACCUUUUACCCUCUUUUCUUUUUUAUUCUCUUUUAUUCUCCCCCUUCGCCUUUUCUUUCCCCUUUGCUUUGUUUAUCACUAAGAUGGAGAUCUUGGAGAGUAGUGUUCUGGAAUAUUCCCGGGUGGAGGCUGCAGGGCCGCCACAGCAUUCGCUAACUCCGUCACCAGUUAGGAGACAAGACACACGAGCAGCUCGAGGAACUUCCAGGGACUGGGCUUUCUCCACUGCCUCUCUGGCCCUUAGCCUUCAGCUAGCUUCUGUUUCUCCCACUGGGGACUGCUCUUUCGGUCCCUCCUGGGUUGGGUACUGGAUGCUGGGAUGCUGUGUCCAGCCACUUGGAGGAAGGAGUCUGCCAGGGUCACGAACUCCCUUCUCCUUUAUUGACUUCACUGUUGCACACUCUGCCUUCUCUGGGCUGAGCAGGGUGGCCUUGUGACCCUCAGAGGGGACAGGGAAGAGGCAGUCAGUUGUCCUAGUGGCUUUCUGGCCCUGCUCUCCCACCUCCUCCUGGGAGUCCGUCCCUGGGAGGAGGGAUGAAGGCAGCCACACUCCGGCUGAGCCACUCUCUUUGGUCCUGCAGUUCCCACAGGGCUGAGGGAAGGAGAAUAGAAGGAGUGGCUUCAUGAUGUCCAUUCCUGGGCCUCAUGUUCCCCUCCUGCCCUUCUGAUUCCAUUUCAUUCUGAUUUAAAAGCAGAGCCCUGCCCAGUGUGUCCCUUUGAGAGGCAGUUCCUGCCCCCAAGCAGAGAGGAGCAGAGAUCUCAGUGCUGAUGUGGACACCUCAGGGUGUGAUCUACACCUGACCGACCUCUGCGCCCACUGCUGUGGGGCUGUCCGUCCCUGGGAGGGUCCGACCAGAGCCAGCUCUAGUUCAGCUCAGCCUUUAUCAGUGUGUCUUCCCAGUUGCUCCUUUCUGAGCCCCCACCCCAACUUGACAGAUCCCCUUCCUUUUCUUAGCAAGAGGCCUGAAGCUCGGGGCUCUCCAGACACCCACAUUGUUUGUGUCAAGGGACUUUUCAACUGUGGAGCCACUUGCCAAGAGCUGGCUCUCUCUCGUGUCCUCCUCCUCCUCUUGGCUGAGAUCGGAGCCCCAGGGUCUGCACUUGUUGCCUGGGCAGUGUGGGGGGCUCAGAGGGCAGACAGAAACAGGAGACAUGGGCUGCUGAGUAGGAAGGGCCCCCUGUUCUGUGCCCAAAGCAUUGAGGGGAUGGCUUCCCCUUCCACGGGCCACAGGAGCACCCUCCAGGUUUGGGUCCAGACAAUACAUUAACUCUCAGAGUUUGCAACGUCUAGAGGUCUGAGAGCCAGUUUUUUUCACUCCCAAACAAGAAUGACUUCUCCUUCACUGCUUAAGGCUGGGGAACAAAUGUCUUAACGUCCAUCACAACACACUUCCCAGCAUCAGUCCACGUGCGGCCGCCCGUGUGUGGCUCAGACCAUCUCCAGCCCCCGGGGGUGUCCAGUGUUGUCAUAGUCUCGCUCCCCAGGGUGAAACAGCCUUAAGCAAAAGGAUGUCACAUCAUGAAAUUUGGUUUAGUAGAACGAAUAAAAGUGGAAGAAAACCACGCCCGAAGCGCAAAAGCCUGGGAACCCCGUAAUCAGUACACAGCCAACUCCAGCAGAGAAGGAAAUCGCUAUUGCACAUGUAAAAUAUGAACCCUUAACCCUGCGGUGCCGUGCGCGAGCCUGUAAGCUUUUUUGAGUCUUAAAGAAACCAUUUCUGAAAUGCUUGGUUGGAAGACAGUGACAAUAGCUCAUGAAACUGAGUGGUAUUUUUCUUUCUUUUUUUAAAAAAAUAUGUAAAGUUGAGUCUUCCGUAUUCACGCAUACUGUAUAUACGUGUAUAUGUUUUGCUGAGCGGCUUAAAUAACAAUAAAUACAAUGUUAAUGGUG